AUGUCGGUGCCGCAGGCUGACAUUUCUCCCACGGAACACUUUUGCAACUGCCUCGGGCAUCAUCAGGAUAUCCCCGGCUUUGCCAGGGGGAUUUUCUGUUUCUCGACCCCGGAGUUAUGCCACUUUGAAGCGCUUUCGCUUGAAGACGUUCCCGCAAAGGCUUUCGUCCCUCAGCAGUGCAAUCCCAAUCGACGCGAAAAAAAAGAGGAGAAACUCUCUUCUCGGCGACAGGCCAACAAAGGCGACCAGGGUACUUAUCUGGAGCCAGAAAAGGUUCUCUGCUACUUGAACGGCAGCAAAGAAGGUUGCUGGACCAACUCUAACUGGACCUACGGCGACGAAGUCGUUGAACAACAACAGCAACAACAACAACAACCGCAACAGAACGACCAGAAAAUCACCACCGGAAGCAAUUCCGGCUCUAACCGGAAUUCCGGCGACGGGAGAAGCUCAGACGCUGACGAGUCCCAGGCGCUUCUGCUGAGAUCCUCCAAUUCAUCCGCAGCGCGGAGGAAGAAAUGCGACGAUUCUUCCGCUUCGCGUGACGAUCCGGAAGAUGGCGCUGCUAGUCCUGCUCCGUACGCGUCAUCCGCGAUUUACAGGACGGAAGUUGCUGACAGCCAAAGGAAUCGUCAUCUUCUGCAUCCCGGAGAACCCGCCAACAGGUUUCCUGGAACUAAGCAUGUUUUGGAUGUUGCUUUGGAAUUUCCAGCGUCUUCUGGAGUGUUGAACGAACCAGGGUUCGGCAUUGGUCGAAAAAUCCAUCAGCGGGUCUCGGGUGAUGGCCAACACAACAAAGACAGCAUAUUCGAGAUGCAUCGCCAUCAGAACCCUCGCCACUUUCCCACGAAAUCCUCAUUUUCGAUGCCCGGUUUACCCCAAAAUCGGGCAGCUUCUGCGAUGAAUAAUGGUCAUCAGCACCAACAGCAGUUGGACAGCGACGACGAUUCCUCCUUGUCCAACUUGUUUGGUUGGACACCUCGAUCUGGUGGACAUCAUAAAUACGGCUCAAAUACCAGAGCCGGGAUUCCGGAUUCCGUGGGCAAUAGAAGUGGAGGCCAUGGACACAGAAUGACCAGUUGGACGAACUUCUUGCCUCCACCACCGCCUAUGAGACACAAUUCGUCUUUACCUCCUUUGGGGUCUUCCAGAUUUGAAAGCGGCUACGGAAUUCCCCGAGACGCGAGCAGGUCGUCUCAGGCAUCCGAACCUCACUUGAGAUCAUUCUACUUGAACAAACUGGCAUCGACGGCCCAAUUCGACAGCAACUCGUCCCCAGUGACACAGCAACUGACUGCGUCGACAGCUGCGAUCGUCAGCAGGUGCGCUGGCACCACCGGCAACAAUUCCGCCGAUCCCCAGCAGCUCGCCAAUUUCCGUCGACGUCGCUCACCAUCUCGACCCUCGCCGACUUCCGGUGCGUCGAACGCAACAACCGCAUCCGCAACAUCCGUCGAUGAUGGUGUCGUGGGUCGACUGGGUGUCGCCCUGAGUAAAUAA